AUGAGUGAUUGUGUGGAGGAAGAGGAGGACAGAGCAGAGUCUCCAGUCUCUGGCUUACCCAGCUGUCUUCCUAUGAAGAGUGACCGGUCCAAACGUGAUCCUCUAAACUUCAGUAAUGAACCUGGACCCUCAGACACAAAAAAGAUGAAGAGGAGUCAUGCUUCUGGGGAGGAGCUGAUGUCCAGAUCCAGAACAAGACCUGGACCUCAGACAGCCAGUCAGACCAGAACAAGACCUGGACCUCAGACAGCCAGUCAGACCAGCACUGUACGAACAGAUAGAGGUCUGCAGGAGGUUGUAGAUGAACAUAAGAUCAGUCUGAAGAAAAUAUGUGAAUGUGUGACAGAGGAUGGAAUUAAAAGGGAUAAAACAGGAAGUAGAACCCUCCUCAAUAAGAUCUACACUGAGCUCUACAUCACAGAGGGACAGAGUGAAGAGGUUAAUACCCAACAUGAGGUGAGGCAGCUUGAGACAGCUUCCAAGAAGAAGACCCUCCAUGACGCUCCAAUCAAGUGCCACGACAUCUUUAAAGCCUUACCUGACCAACAGGGACACAUCAGAGUCGUUCUGACGAACGGCGUCGCUGGCGUUGGAAAAUCUUUCUCAGUGCAGAAGUUCACUCUGGACUGGGCAGAGGGCUUGGAAAACCAAGAUGUCAGUCUGGUGGUUCCACUUUCGUUCAGGGAGCUGAACUUGAUCAGAGAUGAGCAGUACAGUCUUCUCAUGCUGCUCCAUAUUUUCCAUCCAACAUUACAGAAGGUCACAGCAGAGAAGCUUGCUGUCUAUAAAGUUCUGUUCAUCUUUGACGGCCUGGAUGAAAGCAGACUUUCACUGGAUUUCAAGAACAAAAAGGUGUCUGAUGUCACCCAGAAGUCAUCAGUCAACGUGCUGUUGACAAACCUCAUCCAGGGGAAUCUGCUUUCCUCAGCUCUCGUCUGGAUAACUUCCCGACCUGCAGCAGCCAAUCAGAUCCCUGAUGAAUGUGUUGACAGGAUAACAGAAGUACGAGGCUUCACUGACGCCCAGAAGGAGGAGUACUUCAGGAGGAGAGCCAGUGAUGAAGAGCAGUCCAGUAGAAUCAUCUCACACAUCAAGACAUCCAGGAGCCUCCACAUCAUGUGUCAAAUCCCAGUCUUCUGCUGGAUCACUGCUAAAGUUCUGGACGACAUGUUGACUACAGACCAGAGAGGAGAGCUGCCCAAGACCCUGACUGACAUGUACUCACACUUCCUGUUGGUUCAGACAAAGAGGAAGAAGCAGAAGUACGGUGAGGGACAUGAGACGAGUCCACAGAAGCUGACUCAGGCUGACAGGGAAGUUCUUCUGAAGCUGGGGAGGCUGGCGUUUGAACAUCUGGAGAAAGGAAACAUGUUCUACCAAGAAGACCUGGAGCGGUGUGGUCUGGAUGUCACAGAGGCCUUGGUGUACUCAGGAGUUUGUACAGAGAUUUUCAAAAGAGAGCAUGUGAUCUUCCAGAAAACAGUCUACUGCUUUGUUCAUCUGAGCAUUCAUGAAUUUCUGGCUGCAGUCUACAUGUUCCACUGUUACACAGUCAGGAACACAGAGGUGCUGGAGGCCUUCCUGAGAGAAGAAUAUGAUGAGACGGAUGAUGAUGAUGACCAUUGCUCAUCUUUGGAUGUCUUCCUGAAGAGAGCCAUGGAGAAAUCCCUUGAAAGUAAAAAUGGCCACCUGGACCUGUUUGUUCGCUUCCUUCAUGGCCUCUCUCUGGAGUUCAACCAGAAGCCCUUAGGAGGUCUGUUGGGUCGGACAGACAACAGUCCAGAAAUCAUCCAGAGAAUCAUCAAGAACCUGAAGGGGAUGGACAUGUAUAAAACCUGUCCUGAAAGAAGCAUCAACAUCUUCCACUGUCUGACGGAGAUGAACGACCACUCGGUACAUCAGGAGAUCCAAGAGUUCCUGAAGUCAGAGAACAGAUCAGAGAAGGAACUCUCUGUGAUCCACUGCUCAGCUCUGGCCUACAUGCUGCAGAUAACAGAGGAGGUUCUGGAUGAGUUGGACCUGAAGAAGUACAACACAACAGAGGAGGGACAACGGAGACUGAUUCCAGCUGUGACGAACUGCAGAAAAGCUCUACUUUCUGGCUGUGGACUCUCAGAUACUCACUGUGAAGUUGUGGCCUCAGCUCUGAAGUCCAACCCCUCCCAUCUGAGAGAGCUGGAGCUGAGUGGAGACUACAACCUGCAGGAUUCAGGAGUGAAUCUGCUGUCAGCUGGACUGAAGAGUCCAAACUGUAGACUGGAGUCUCUGAGAUUGAGUGACUGCAAGUUGUCAGAGAUCAGCUGUGCUUCUCUGGCCUCAGCUUUGGAGUCCAACCCCUCCCAUCUGAUAGAGCUUGAUCUGAGUAAAAACGAGCUGCAGGAGUCAGGAGUGAAGCUGUGUGGUUUUCUGGAGAGUCCACACUGUAGACUGGAGACUCUGAGAUUGAGGAACUGCUGGUUGUCAAAGAAAAGCUGUGCUUCUCUGGCCAAAACUCUGAAGUCCAACCCCUCCCAACUGACAGAGCUGGAUCUGAGUGGAAACGACAUGCUGCAGGAUACAAGAGUGAAGCCCCUGUGUGGUUUUCUGGAGAGUCCACACUGUAUACUGAAGACUCUGAGAUUGAGGGGCUGCAGGUUGUCAAAGAUCAGCUGUGAUUAUCUGGCCUCAGCUCUGAAGUCCAACCCCUCCCAUCUGAGAGAGCUGGAUCUGAGAGACAACAAGCUGAAGGAUUCAGAAGUGAAGCAGCUGUCUGAUCUUAUGAAGAGUCCAAACUGUAGACUGGAGACUCUGAGGACCGACAUAGAUGAGUCCAUCAGAGCUGACGGACACAGUCACAAAUAUCCAAGAAUGGAAAUUCCUCAGAGGAAUUUCCCAGCAGAGGACAGCGUCCGAGCAGAGGACAGCGUCCCAGCAGGGGGCAGCGUCCCACCAGAAGACAACGUUGCAGCAAAGGACAACGCCCCAGCAGAGGGCAGCGUCCCACCACAGGACCCUGCAGAGAGGCUGUUUUCGCGUCGAUUGCAGUUAGUAGAGAGGUUGUCUGAUCCUAAUGUGGACAGGCUUCUGGAUAUACUCCUUCAAGCUGACGUUAUAAACGAUGGUGAAAUGCAGUCAAUCAGUACAAAAGACAAGGCAGAUAAAAAACGAAAACUGCUCGACAUGGUACGAUUUAAGGGAAAAAAAGCCAGCUCAGUUCUGAUCGAUGCUCUGCGUAAGGUGGAUCGAUUCCUUUCCGAAGAUCUGAAUUUAAGCUGAAGCAAAAGAAAGAAACUGUGGAGUGUGAUGAUGGAUGUCUAUAAAAGCUGGCUGUUUUAGAGACUUAUAUUACUUGUUGUUAUCUUUAAAUGAGAAAUUCCAUUGCUGAAGCCUGUGUGGAAUUUCACUCUGAAGGUGAUUCACUGAAGUUUGGGGGAAAAAAGUGAAUUAUUUUUCAAGCUCUUGUGGUUUGGUUUCAAGAUUUUAUAAUCAUUUACUUGGGAUAACUACCGAUGUGUUGUCGCGAUGAAGACCUGCGAUAGAGAGCUUGUGACCUACGGUUGUCGACCAGAGUGGACUACAAUAUGGUCUAAUAUCUAUCGCCUACUGAUUUAUUUCAAGGUUAUCCAUAGGGCCUAUGCUGUGCCUUACUGACGUUGUAAAAUGUGUCUAGUUACUUUGCAUAUCUGUACUUUUAGUUCUGUUAAUGCUCUAGGGACAUUUCUAUAUGUUUUGGGAUUUUCAAAAAGGGUCCCUUGACCUCUGACCUCCAGAUAUGGGAAUGUAAAUGGGUUGUAUGGGUACCCACGAGUCUCCCCUUUACAGACAUGCCCACUUUAUGAUAAUCACAUGCAGUUUGGGGCAAGUCAUA